GUUCCAUUGUCACCAGCUCUGGCGUGGAAGGGGGGAGUUCUGAAGACAGGGAGGGGCCGCAGGGAGAGCAGCUGCAAAGAGAAGAAUGGAAGCAGCAGGCACAGCCAUAUCAAUGGAUAGAUGGACCAAAACAGCCAGAUGGUUAUAAUAUAGGAAUGCGCAAGGUCUCGCCGGAGUCCCUGUGACCAUCGAUGGUGACGUCACCAUGAAGAGCUAUAGAGAUGAGGAAAAGCAGAAACUGGACCAGUUCCUAUCAGACUUGGCCCUUCUCGGAUCCCUACAGGGAUUCCGAUACUUCCAGCCUUGGCUGAGGGGGAGGGAGGAGAUUCUGCUCACUGUGGUGAAUGAUGACUUGGGCUGCCCGUUUCUCCGCUCUCCAGGGUCCCUCGGCAGUGACGCCAGCGGACACCUGCCCACAUACAGCAGUGGCCAGUCCACACCCCGAGCAUCUGCCUUGCUGCCCCCUGCGUCACCAUGUGAAAGAGAAAUUGCUAUUCCGGAAACACACUGCACUCUGUUUUUAUUGGCCGCCUACGCCAAGUAUGGUCGCCCGUACGUUUGGGUCCGGUCCAAUCACCAACGAUUUAGCGGGACGGAGCUCUGCGAUAGGGACUCGCCUCUGACGCUGCCGUGCUACUCAGAGUGGGACGCCAAGGAUGUUGGUGUGUGGCACGUGAUAUGGGACGUCGUUGGCACUUGUGUGACUCCACCCCCGAGGAACCCUCUUGCUGUGGAUUUUACAUAUUUAAAGUCUCUUUCACUUCCAGAACGAUCUUUAUCAUCAGGAGCCCUGGUCAGCUUUUUCCAAUCGUUACUCUUGCAAGAGCCAAGGGGGACGCCGCUGUACACCUACGUAUUGGAGGACCUACUGGACCUCACGCGGCUCCAUGCACAGACUCUCCAGGAUCUUAAAGAGCAGAAUCUCAUCAAAAAUCUCCCCUGAAUUCUACUCUAUGCAGACCGGAUUAAAUCUUGGACCCAACACCAAAACUCAAGAAUUUUAGUUGUAAAUGUAA